UCCGGGUGCCGGCGGAACGUGUGACGUCAGAUCAUCUUUUCCGGAAACGGCGACGACGGCAGAAAGAACCGAGGGGCUGUCGUUGGUGGGCGCGCCUGGAAUCCGAGUGAGGAGAGUGUGACCCGGAAGCGGAAGCGGAUUCCCGUCCCAGCUCCGCUAGGCUUCACACUUGGCACAGGCCCACUGGUGGGCUCCUGCUACCAUGGACCUGUUGUUUGGGCGCCGGAAGACACCAGAGGAACUGCUGAGGCAGAACCAGCGGGCCCUGAACCGUGCCAUGCGAGAGUUGGACCGUGAACGACAGAAGCUAGAGACCCAGGAGAAGAAAAUCAUUGCAGACAUCAAGAAGAUGGCCAAGCAGGGCCAGAUGGAUGCCGUGCGAAUCAUGGCAAAAGACUUGGUGCGCACUCGGCGUUAUGUGCGCAAAUUUGUGUUGAUGAGGGCCAACAUCCAGGCUGUGUCCCUGAAGAUCCAGACACUGAAGUCUAACAACUCAAUGGCACAAGCUAUGAAGGGGGUCACCAAAGCCAUGGGCACCAUGAACAGACAGCUGAAGUUGCCUCAGAUCCAGAAGAUCAUGAUGGAAUUUGAGCGGCAGGCCGAGAUCAUGGACAUGAAGGAGGAGAUGAUGAAUGAUGCAAUUGAUGAUGCCAUGGGUGAUGAGGAAGAUGAAGAGGAGAGUGACGCCGUUGUGUCCCAGGUCCUGGAUGAGCUAGGAUUGAGCCUGACAGAUGAGCUGUCAAACCUCCCCUCUACCGGAGGCUCACUCAGUGUGGCUGCCAGUGGGAAGAAAGCAGAAGCUGCAGCCUCAGCCCUAGUAGAUGCCGACGCAGACCUGGAGGAGCGGCUCAAGAAUCUGCGGAGGGACUGACCACCCUAUACCACCCUGGUGGGAGGCAGGCAACAGAUGCCCGGCAGUUUUACUGUACUUCUUCUGUAAUAAAGGAUUGGACACUAA